CAUUGCCGGAAUGAAGUUAAAAACGAAGGUCUGCAAGAAAAACUCAGUAACUACUUCAGAGGCUUCUGAGGAGGAGAGCCAAAAGGCCACCAACUAUCCACUCAGUUGUGUGGAUUGGAGCAGCAACGAGGAGAUCUAUUUUGUGAGCGACGACCACCAGAUCCUCAAGUGGAGCGAUGUGAGCCGAGACUCUGUGGAGGUGGCCAAGCUGCCCGAUGACUUUGUGCCCACGGAUCUGCACUGGCUGCUUUUGGGCGGCAGGAGCAGUGGCGGUGGCAAGGGCAGUGACAACCUGCUAAUCUGCAGCAACGAUGGAAGGUUCGUGAUCCUCAACAAAAGUGCCCGGGUGGAGCGGAGCAUUUCCGCCCACGGAGCUGCCAUAAGUUCCGGCCGUUGGAGUCCCGAUGGAGCCGGACUUCUCACCGCCGGCGAGGAUGGUGUGAUCAAGAUCUGGUCGCGAUCGGGGAUGUUGCGAUCCACGGUGGUGCAGAACGAGGAGGCCAUCCACUGCGCUCGCUGGGCUCCCAACUCCACCUCCAUUGUAUUCUGCCAGGGCGGACACAUAUCCAUCAAGCCACUGGCGGCCAACAGCAAGCUCAUUAGGUGGCGUGCCCAUGAUGGCCUGGUGCUCUCCCUCAGCUGGUCUACGCAAUCCAACGUCAUAGCCUCCGGAGGCGAGGACUUUCGCUUUAAGAUCUGGGAUGCCCAGGGAGCUAACCUCUUUACCAGUGCCGCUGAGGAGUAUGCCAUCACGAGUGUGGCCUUCAAUCCCGAAAAGGAAUUCCUGCUGGUGGGCACAUUCAAUCUGCUCAAGUUGUGCCACAGCAACGGCUGGACGUAUGACAGCGCUCGCUUCACCACUCCGGUUGUGGGCUCCUUCUUUAACCUGUCCUGGUCGGCCGAUGGCACCCAAGUGGCCUGUGGCACAUCCACGGGUCAGUUGAUUGUGGCCUAUGCCAUCGAGCAGCAGAUAAUCUCCAGAAACCUGAAGGCCACCACUAAGAGUCGCAAGUCGAUUGCCCUGAAGAACAUUGCCACUGGCAGCCAGGAUAUGCUGGACUUUCCGCAGCGAGUGGUUAAUUUCGGACUGGGCUAUGGUCACCUGGUGGUGGCCACCACCCACCAAGUGCACAUCUACAACGAGAAGUACAUCAAUACGCCGAUUAUUAUCGAUGGAAGGAACGAUACAAGGGUAAUUGAAGUGGGCAAGAAGUACUUUAUGAUCUUGGAUGCCUCAUCGAUAUGGGUGUACACCUACACGGGCCGUUUGCACCUCAAUCCACGAUAUCCGGGCUCCCAGGCACAGAUUCCUCUGCUCACCUGGCGCUCGCUAUCCUUGGGCCUCGAUGUCCUGGCCGUAAGGGAUAACUCUGAUCCCACUUUGCUGCACCUCUUCGAUCUGAUCCCAGGUGCUUCGCGACAGUAUGAGCCCCAUUCCCUGAAGGCCAAGCAGCAGCUGGCCGAAAUCGCGGCCUGCCGAGCGGGAACUUCAGAUGAUCAGUUUGUGGCCUUCAUCGACUCGAAUCGAGAGCUUUUCGUCAGCGGAACCCGCAGUCUGAGUGGCGAGCGCACUGACGAGAUCUACAAGAUCGGCACCCAGCUCACCUCGAUUAUGUGGGCCAGCGAGACAAACAUCCUGGUGGGAGUGCACGACUCCUGCUACAGCAUCUGGUAUUGUCCCGGGGAAGGGGCUGCCGAUCCCACAAUCAUUGCCCUCACCACCGUUACACUGGAUACGGCGGAGUUUGGCAAGAACAUCACCAUCGAGAGCUUCGAGGAUGCGGUGGUCACCUUUCGCUGCGCCGGCGCCCUGCUCCCGGUCAACGUAAACAUGUACUGCGAGGUCCUGCAUCGCGCCCUCCUCGAGGGCCAGUGGCAGCAGGCGCUGAAGAUCUGCCGCAUGGGCCAGCAUGCCAGCUUGUGGGCCACCCUGGCGGCGGUGGCCACUAGGAAGCACCAGCUGCAGAUCAGCGAGGAGGCCUACUCGGCGGCCCUGCAGAUCGACAAGGUGAGCUACCUGCAGCACCUGAAGACCCUGACGCCCUCUAGUGCCGAGCAGAUGGCCGAGAACUCACUGAUGCUGGGCAGGAAUCUGGAGGCGGAGACGAUCCUGCUGCAUGGCAAGAAAAUCGAGCAGGCCGUGGGCCUGGCUCUGCGGAUGCACAACUGGCGGAGAGCCCUGGAAAUCUCCCAGAAACACACGUCGGAGGAGCCGGACCUGAUGCCAAGGGUUCUGCAGGAGAGAAUCAAGUAUCUCAAGGCCCUGCAGCGGGAGGAGUGGGAUCCACUCUACCUGCCUUAUGUAGUUAAGGAAGAGGCUGAUACUCCAAGUGAAUGAAAGUAAUGCACCCUUAAACAU